AUGGGAACAUGGAUUUUGUUUGCCUGCUUGCUGGGAGCAGCCUUCACUAUGCCUCUACCACCUCAUCCUGGGCACCCUGGUUAUAUCAACUUCAGUUAUGAGGUGCUUACCCCUUUGAAAUGGUACCAGAGCAUGUUAAGGCAACCGUAUCCUUCCUAUGGUUACGAACCCAUGGGUGGAUGGCUGCACCACCAAAUCAUCCCUGUGCUGUCUCAACAGCAUUCCUCAAGUCACACCCUUCAGCCUCAUCACCACCUCCCUGCGGUGUCAGCUCAACAGCCUGUUGUCCCCCAGCAGCCAAUGAUGCCAGUUCCUGGCCACCACUCCAUAGCUCCAACCCAACAUCACCAGCCAAACCUCCCUCCAUCCGCCCAGCAGCCCUUUCAGCAGCCCUACCAUCCCCAGCCCGUUCAGCCCCAGGCGCACCAGCCCAUCCAGUCCCAGCAGCCUCGGCACCCUAUGCAGCCCCUAGCACCACAGCCACCUCUGCCUCCAAUGUUCCCCAUGCAGCCCCUAUCCCCCAUCCUUCCUGAUCUGCCUCUGGAAGCUUGGCCAGCUACAGACAAGACCAAGCGGGAAGAAGUGGUGAGUAAACCUCCAAGUCACUAA